AUGACAACUAAUUAUGGAAAAAAACUUGUUGAGUUGAUACACAAAGAAACAGGUGUUAUUGCCAAGUAUAUAGCAAAAUAUGGAUAUCCAGCUGAAACGCACAAAAUAGUAACUGAAGACGGAUACAUUUUGAAAACCCAUAGAAUACCACACGGAAAAGCUUCUAGUAAAACAAAUAACAAAGUAGUUUUAUUAGUCCACGGAAUCGCAGGGAGCGCUGAAAAUUUCAUUAUACUGGGACCAAAUGACGCGCUAGCAUUUCUUCUGGCCGAUAGAGGAUUUGACGUCUGGUUGUUCAAUGCCAGGGGAACUGUUCACUCUAGAAGACACGAAACUAGAAGUCCGAACUAUUUUCAAGCAUCUGGCUUUUGGAAUUUCAAUCUACACGAGAUUGGUGUAUACGAUCUUCCAGCUAAUAUCGAUUACAUUUUAGAAAGUACCAAUAAUACUUUCAUAUUUUAUGUAGGACACUCACAAGCGGGAGCCUCAUAUGUCAUUUUGACAUCGGAAAAACCAGAAUACAACCAGAAAAUCAGAGCUGCAGCAUUGCUUGCCCCCGCUGUGUUGAUGCAGUACACAGAAAGUUAUUUUAGGAGAUACGACUAUGAAAAGAGCACAAAUUUAAUAAAAUAUAACAACACAUUCCCACCAGAAUACAACAUAAACAAUUCUGUGGUGCCAGUGGCCCUCUUCAUGGCCAAUGGCGAUAAUCUCAUAUCCAUGAAGUCUAUAUAUGAACUGUCGAAGCUUCUUCCAAAUGUUGCGAUGAUCUAUGAAGUACCGCACGAAAAUUUUAAUCAUAUUGACUACUUAUUUGCCCACAAUGCUAAAGACUUGAUCUAUGAACCUGUGUAUGACUUUAUAAUGCAAUUUAUGGACAACUAA